UCCGCUGAGUCCGUUGGGAGGAACCGCCAGUUUUCGCCGCAGCCUCCCUCCGUCACCUCUCGCCAUGGCGGUGACCGUCACACUGAAGACUCUGCAGCAGCAGACGUUCAAGAUCCGAAUGGAGCCUGACGAGACGGUCCGAGUACUUAAGGAGAAGAUUGAGGCUGAAAAGGGCAAGGAAGCUUUCCCCGUGUCAGGCCAGAAGCUUAUAUAUGCUGGCAAGAUCCUGAGUGAUGAUGUCCCCAUCAAGGAGUACAAGAUUGAUGAGAAGAACUUCGUAGUGGUGAUGGUCACCAAGAACAAAACAGGCUCAGGAGCUCCUGUUUCUUCACCUACUGAUGCAGCAGCCACCUCAGAACCCACACCCUCCUCUGGGCCUACGGCAGCUACGGUUUCACCCCUUCAAGCAUCCCCAUCAAGUGAGGAAAAGCCUCCUGAAGAGUCAGUGACUGUUUCUCCCCUGGAAUCUACAGUUAGCUCUGUUCCCUCUUCAGGUAGCAUGGGACGUGAAGAUGACGCAGCUUCCACUUUAGUUACUGGUUCAGAAUAUGAGACAAUGCUGACUGAAAUCAUGUCAAUGGGCUAUGAGCGAGAGCGGGUAGUAGCAGCGCUACGGGCGAGCUACAACAACCCACACCGAGCUGUGGAAUACCUGCUGACGGGCAUACCAGGUAGUCCAGAACCUGAGAGAGCUCCCAUCCAGGAGAGCCAGCCCCAAGAUCAGCCUGCAUCAGAAGGAGAGAACCCUCUGGAAUUUCUGCGAGAUCAGCCCCAGUUUCAGAAUAUGAGGCAGGUGAUACAGCAGAAUCCAGCUUUGCUCCCAGCUUUACUGCAGCAGUUAGGCCAAGAGAACCCUCAGCUGCUCCAGCAGAUUAGUCAGCAUCAGGAGCAGUUCAUUCAGAUGCUCAACGAACCUCUGGGUGAAAUGGCUGACAUCGCAGACAUUGAGGGAGAGAUGGGUGCUAUUGGGGAAGAAGCUCCCCAGAUGAACUACAUCCAAGUUACGCCUCAGGAAAAAGAAGCCAUAGAAAGGUUAAAGGCCCUGGGCUUUCCUGAGAGUCUGGUGAUCCAGGCAUAUUUUGCUUGUGAGAAGAAUGAAAAUCUGGCAGCCAACUUCCUGCUGAGUCAGAACUUUGAUGACGAGUGAUAAAGCAAAAGAGUUUUAUAUAAAAUUCUCUAUAUAAAUAUUCGUUUAUUUAAAGGGGCACUACUGGGGUUGGGUGGUGAUGGUAUGAUUUGAGAAUGUCCCUGAUGAUUUGCUGGCUAAAAGAAAAUACUCUACCUUGGAAAUGGGGCAGUUGGGGGAAAAGCAGAACAUAUGGACCUUUUGUUCUCUUCUCAAAAACUAGGGUGGCAUUUGAGCCCAGCUUACAUCUUACAACAAUCCUUAGACUGACAGGCAAGGUGUUUAGGGAAAGGUUGACACAACAGAUGGGUGCUGUUGGACCUUCUCCCAUCUCACAUGAUUGCAUGUGUACAAACAAAUUGCUCUUUUGUUUGAAAAACUCUCCCCUUCAUGCCAGUGCACAUUGCUACAAUGCUGAACUUUGUGCCCAUCAAUUAAUUCUGUUGCUGGACUUUCCCCUUUGCUUUCCUUCAAUGUCAUUUUGAAAUCAGUUUAGUUGUCCACUCCUAUUCAAAAGGGUGGCUUGUGUUAGGUAAGUGAUAUGCCUUCUGAUGAUCAGUUUGAUAUUUGUUCCUGUGCUGGAGAGGCUGUGCCAGAAUUAUGGAAUAUCUUGUAAUUCUGUGCACAAAGAUCACAUGAUUUUUUUUCUAUCCUGUAUUUUUUUGCCAUCGUCCAAUAAGGCAACUACCCACCUUUAUCGUUUUCUGACACUGCUCUUAAAAUCAUUCCCAAAGAAUAUCAAGGGAACAGUUUCCCUAUACUCACCCAUCUUCAAACACUAUGGGUUUUUUUAAACUUUUUGUUUGUUCUUUCUCUUUUUAAUGGCAUCUCAUGGUUUUAGUCUGUUCUGCAGACACCUAGCUUUGAAGUCUAGCUCCUGGGGAUUGCCUGUAUAACAUUCAUGUGUACUUUUAUUAUCCACCAUUUUAACAUUAGGAAUUUGGAGCCACAAAUGUUAAUAUAGUAGCAAAAAAAAAAAAGGAUUUUACAAGCCCCUAUAAUAACUGAGUAUCUUGAGAUAGCUUGAAACACAUGUUUGUUUUUUUUAUUUUCUGUGUUGUGGGAAUUUUAAAGAAGUUUUUCCCCCUAGUAUUCUGAUUUUACUUGUUCAAAAUAUUUUUAAUCUAAAGAUUCCCCAAAAGAAAAUCCAUUAAUAGUUGGGGAUACAAAACUAAUACAAAAUAGUUGUGUAUUAGAUAUUUGAUAUGCUUUCCUUUUUUAGUUUUGAAAAAUGAUCAAAUUGACAUUUUUCUGAAUAUUUUAAUAGAAAAAUAUGUAAAGAAAGAGCCUGUUUUAUUUACACCUUUGAAACUGGAACUGAACUGACUCCUGAUAAAAUAAAAUCUUGGUAGCUAGGGAAAUUGGCUUUAAUACAUAAUUGUAGAUACAAAACUAUAGAAACUUUAGAUCAUAUUUCACUUUUCUGUAGGAAUGUUGGUCAAAGCUGUUUCUGGUUUGAAUAUCAAUAAACCUGUCAGUUAUCACA